CGCUAUUACCUCCCCCCUCACGGUUUUUGCGUCGCCGAACAGGUGGUUUACAGUCGCGGGGGAAAGAGGGAGAGAGAGAGAGAGAGAGAGAGAAAGGUGGGCGAAUAACAGACUGACAGACACACUUUGCACAGAACAAAAAAAGCGACUAUUUUGUUUGUUUCAACGGAUGGAGCGGUCUUAAAGUCCCAGAAAGUUAGGCAGUAUUACGGCAUGGGGCCACGAGUUCGCAACUCGACCCAAAAGAUUACAGCACUAAGUCUAUAUUUGACCUAGACUAGACCAUACUCUAGGCUCCAAGCCUACCUGUUGCAGGUCUGGCACCUAACCUGAAAGUGGAUUUGUGAAGCAGCUUGUUUCUUUUCAUUGGAUUACGUUUCUUGUGUUCUGAAGGAUUUCCAAAACUGAAUGUCAACAUCGAGAGUGUACAGCGUGAGAGGGAUUUCUGUCCUGGGAAAUGUACAUCAGAGUUAGGAGACUCUAGAUGGAGAAAUAGAGUUAGGGACUCGAGGAUCUGGCUCUGAGAUCAAUCAGAUUUGGAUUACUGCCCCUCCUAUAGAGUACUGACUCACAGUCUUAAUGCCAUUGUCGUCUUGGUGGACCACGUGACCUGCACCGCCCAGAUGAACGCCACUUGAAGGUCGAGAAGUCACACUCACAUAACAUGAACGACUUCAGUGGACACUUGUUUGCGACAGUGGUCAUCUGGCUAGUGCUGUCCAGACAAGCAAGCGCACAGGAGACAGCCCAAGUUAGCUUUAUCUUCCAGGAAGAGCAGUCUGCCGGGACGUUUGUUGGAAAUGUAGCGCUGGCCAGUAAACUAACGGACAAGGUCACCCAGGACGUAUUCUCCAAACUGGACUUCACGAUCAGUACCAACAACUAUUUCACCAUCAGCCCGAGGAACGGUUCCAUUACUUCAAAGACGGAAAUAGACAGAGAAAGCGAGUGUCCAGACAAAGAAGUCUGCAUUCUCUCCGCAGAUAUAACUGUCUACCAAGAUAACGCUGGUCAGAUUAACCUUUACAUGUUCAUCAAGGUCAAUGUCACUAUUGAGGACAUCAACGACAAUGCGCCCAGAUUUGCCUCCAACAUGAUCAGUCUGGACACCCCUGAGGGAAACGUGAUCGGCGACGUACUGUACAUUCAGCCUGCCAAUGAUCCAGACUACGGUAAGAACUCAGUAGCGCAAUACAGCUUUCAAGAUCCGUCCAACACUUUUGAGUUGAUACCUAAAGAUUCUAGUGGUUUACCGUUUCUGUCUUUGGUCAUGAAAAAGGUUCUUGACCGCGAGACUCGUGACUUUUAUCAAGUAACCGUCAUAGCUACGGACGGAGGGUUCCCUAGAAGAACCGGCUCUGUAGUGAUUAACAUCACAGUCACAGAUAUCAAUGACAAUGCCCCAGAGUUUGUGCAGUCAUCUUAUAAUGAGUCUGUCCUCGAGAGCAUCAAACCAAAUGUGCCAAUAAUGAAAGUAAGCGCCACAGAUAAAGAUAUAGGCAAGAACGCCGACAUCACCUAUCAGUUCAGCUCUAGAGUGUCGGACAAGGUUCGAAACACUUUCUACAUUGACCAAAAGACGGGGGAGAUAUUCGCCAAGACGGCCAUCGAUUACGAGACGGACAAGCAGUUCCAGAUCACUGUGGAGGCGGUAGACAAUGGCGCAACACAGCUAACGGCUAGGACCAGUGUCACGCUGAACGUGGUGGACGUCAACGACAACGCCCCUGAGAUCAACGUGAACAUGCCCGCCACUGGCACCGACAUCUUGGAGAGUGUCCCCGUGGGCACAUUUAUCUCCUACAUCUCGGUCAACGACAAAGACAGCGGGGAGAACGGCGUGGUGGUUUGCGACAUGAACGAUGACCACUUCUCCCUUGACAAGCUGGACUUCACCAGGUACAAAGUCACACUGGCCCAGCCGCUGGACUACGAGGUGAAGCACUCCUACACGGUGACCAUCAUCUGCAGAGACGGCGGUCAGCCCACAAUGUCCAGCUCGGCCGUGUUCGUGGUAAACGUAGUGGACGUCAACGACAACCGUCCCAUCUUCACCGAGGCCACAUACUUCGGCAACGUCAUGGAGAACCAACGCGUGGCUGUCCCUAUCCUCUCAGUGACCGCUCACGACUUCGACAGCGGGGAGUAUGGCAGGGUAACGUACACCAUUGAGGAUGCUUACUCUCGCGUGUUUAGCAUGGACCCGAACUCAGGACAGCUGCUGCUGAUAGAUCAGCUAGAUCGCGAGAAGACACCGAGAUUCGAAUUUUACGUCAUAGCCAGAGACAACGGCCCUGGACGUUUGUCGUCAUCUGCUAUCAUCAUCAUUGUGGUCAACGAUGAAGACGACAACCCGCCCACAUUCCUGAGCCCCAUCUACUUUGGCUACGUCUUGGAGAACCAGCCAGCCGGCACCGUUGUCGGGAACGCCACCGCCGUAGACAUUGACACUCCAGAGAACUCUCUUAUGUCAUAUUCGUUCCUUCCUUUCGGCGACGACUACCAAAGCUUCUCAAUCAAUCCCAGCAACGGGAUCAUUCGAACAAAAGAAGUCUUCGACAGAGAAGUCAAGUUCCAGUACCAGAUGGUCAUCCGAGUCACGGACACGAGAAAACCAGAGUUCUCCAGCACUUGCAACUUCACUGUGAUUAUCCUCGACGAUAAUGACCACAGUCCAGUGAUUCAGAUGUCCAGUGAAGAAAACACGACCUUUGUCAUCCAGUACAACAGCAGCGUUGGGACAAUCAUCACCACCAUACUGGCUACCGACGGAGACGACCCCAACUCCCAGAACUCUCAAAUACAGUACUACAUAGAGCUAGGUGACCCGGAUCAUCUUUUUAACCUGAACUCUUUUACCGGAACCUUGACCCUUGAGCGUAUCAUUCGGGCGCAGGACAUUAAGAGUUACCAUCUGGUCAUCAAGGCCCAAGACAAUGGAGACCCACCCAGAGUGGACACCAGGCAGAUCAUCAUCUCCAUUAAUGGAACAUUUCCUCCGACCGCCGAAGCAGGACUCACCACCAACAUUCUCAUCGUUGUCAUCCUUGUGGGCGUCACCGUCGUUCUUGGAGUAGCCAUAGGCGUCGCCAUCUGCCUUGUCCGAAAGAUUGACCGAGAGAGGCGGCGGAACCUCGAGGCGCAGAAGAACACGGAAGACAAGAUGUAUCAAGUCAAAGAACAGGAUGUCUACAAGAACAUUGGUGUGGACGGGGAAAUAGAGGAUUCGAACUCAAACAAUCUGAGUAAGAGGAACAAUAAAAAAGAGGUGAGCUUCUCCAUAGAGGAGGAGACAGACUCCCACAACACUAGCACUGGGUCAUCUCAUCCUUUGACCAGCUUCAAAGGUGGCACGGAUAGAAGUCAAAUGCACUCGACAAACAGACCAGCAAAUAGCAGCAAUAAAUUGGUCACCAAUGGGGGCAUGAAUAUACCUGUCAGUCAGGGUUGUCAUAGCAACCAGGAGAAGCAAAUAAAUUUAAAGAGGACGCCUCAAGAUGAGGAGAUCCGUCUCAUGGAGCUUCUCAAGAGAAACGGGGAGGAUGCCCUCAGCGAGUCCAGCGGGAACUCUGACCCCAGUGAUAGUGGUCGAGGAGGUAGCGAGGAUGACAGCAGCCACAGAGGAUCGGGUCUUGAUCCAGAACACAACAUCUAUAUGUAUGGUAGAGACAAGUCCAGAACUUAUGGUCCGGUUAAUGGUCUAACUCCAAAGACGUCCAAGCAGCCGCCCCUGAACUCUAGACAAGCGCCUCGGCUUUCCCCAUCACACCUUACCCCGCACCGCUCCUUGUCUACCGGGACGGACUCUGGUGACUCCGACACUGGCUCCAGACAAUCCUCUGACAGUUACGUCCGGCCACAGUUCAGGAAUCCCAGCCGGCCCGUCAGCCAGAUUAUUCCGGCUAGGUCACGUGACCAUUACCCGUCACGCAUUCUGACUCAGGACUCCCCCAACCGCCUGGCGGCGCCAUUCAAAGGGAGCAGUGGAUCACUCUUAAAGUCCUUCCAGGGAAACUCCCAUGAAAACAUUCCAGUAAAGACCAGGGGAACCAGCAUCAGCAUGGAGCUACUCCCGGACAGCGGAUCUAAGGGUCGGCCCAAAGAACCAUUUCACUAUUCGGACCGGACUUAUCCUAUGUCCGAAAGGUGGCCCAACCCUGUCCUAAAAGAAGAGGACGUUCGGACUUUGCCGUCUGGAAGUUACGGCAUCAACCCGGACGAGCUUCAGCAGGAGAUAGACAAUUUGAUUCUUAGAGACAGCAUAGUGUGACCUUACAACUGUGCAGGCAUCAUCCCAUGUGACCUUUAAACUGUGCACAGACAUCAUCUCACGUGAACUUUGAACUGUGCACAUGCAUCAUCCCACAUGACCUUUGAACUGUGAAAAGAUGGCCCUUCAACUUCGCCCCAAUAUUCCAGGGCCACACUAGCCUAAGUACACAUUGUGUACUUGAAUGUGUACUUGUGUAUAGAAUUAUGUACAUGAUGUAAAUUAUUGUAUUUCUUCCCAGAACAAACAAAAUGAAAGUACAUUAUUUGACCAUGGACUUCCUGUUAUACUGUGUUCAGCCAUAUUAGACAACACGCAUGCGCAGUUGGCACAUAUUAUCAAAUCAGAUGAGUUCCUCAUUAAUUGUGAUUAAUUUCCACAGUUUUUUUUCUUUUCCAUUUUGGUACGCCUUCACCUAAGCCAUUAGUCACGAUAAUAUAGCCAUGAUACUUACUAUAACUUAUUACAUAAUAUCUUAUUCAUUUGAAAGGAGAAGUGAUUCGGUGUGCCUGAUGACCAAUUCUGACCAGUGGAGAUCAGUGGUCAAACCCCACUGAUAUAGAAUGGCGUGGUGUGAUAAGGGUAUUGGAUUGGUUAGGGCUCACACCAUGAGGCCUCUGGCCACUCCCUUCCAGUUGGUCUGGUGACAACAUACGUAGUAGAAACUGUGCUUUGAACCCAGUCUUGCAAUGUGUACACUAGAUCACCUACAUCGUAGAUGACACGACCACUCAACUACAUAAACAUAUAGAAUAUACUGCAAACACAGUUGUCUUCGAUAAAAUAUAUUUAUUAUUGAAUGAUCUACACAACUAAAGCCAUUUCUAAAUAAGAUUUGUGAAUUUUUGAGUUUUUGAAAGAAUAUACGUUACUAAUAGUAAUAAGAACACAGGAACGUGACAUUUUCUGUUGACUUCAUAGAUCUUGUUAUUUGUACAAUACAUUAAUAUCCUAUGAGAGUAGGGCAUUUAAAUGCAUUUUAUCAUGAGUCGUAAUGUUUAUAUAUUAAGUUCGAAACUAAACAAGAUUGCUCCAGCUUAUUUAGUGAAUCCUGUAGAAUACUUAGACUUGGUGUCAAUCUGAAAGCAUUGGACUUACAGUAUGGUUUAUCUCAUAUGCAUUAGUUUUUGAAUAGAUUAGACCACACCUUUAUUUUUCACAUUAUCAUGGACCACACGUUCACAAACCACAUCGUUUGACCAUCAUUGACCACAUUUUCAUUGACCACACGCUGUACAUAAUCCACAUCGAAUUUUACAAUGACCAACGAAUGUCAUCGAGUGUGUGUGUCAGUCUGUUUGUGUGUGUGUGUGUGUAUGUGUAUGGAUAUGUGUGUGUGUUGAUUUUCUCGUGUGUCUGUUUUGAUACAUCUGCCCCCCCCCCCUCUCUCUUGUUUGUUGACAAAGACAAUCAAAUCCUAUUAGGUCACUAUCCUAUCAACUUGCAUUUCUGAAGGAUUGUGAUUGUGUGUUUAAGGCUUUGUUCUGUUGGAAUGAUAACACGAGGAUAAAGAAAACAAAAUAUUCAAUGAGAUUUGUUUCCGAUAUUCCUAGAUUUCCGCUUUUGUUUUUCGCCUUCAUCUAUAGCUAGGUCAUACCGGAAGUUUAGUUUGUGUGGGUGUGUGUAGACCUACAUCUAUAGCUAGGUCAUACCGGAAGUUUAGUUUGUGUGGGUGUGUGUAGACCUUCAUCUAUAGCUAGGUCAUACCGGAAGUUUAGUUUGUGUGGGUGUGUAGACCUUCAUCUAUAGCUAGGUCAUACCGGAAGUUUAGUUUGUGUGGGUGUGUAGACCUUCAUCUAUAGCUAGGUCAUACCGGAAGUUUAGUUUGUGUGUGUGUGUAGACCUACAUCUAUAGCUAGGUCAUACCGGAAGUUUAGUUUGUGUGGGUGUGUGUAGACCUACAUCUAUAGCUAGGUCAUACCGGAAGUUUAGUUUGUGUGUGUGUGUGUGUAGACCUACAUCUAUAGCUAGGUCAUACCGGAAGUUUAGUUUGUGUGGGUGUGUAGACCUUCAUCUAUAGCUAGGUCAUACCGGAAGUUUAGUUUGUGUGGGUGUAGACCUACAUCUAUAGCUAGGUCAUACCGGAAGUUUAGUUUGUGUGGGUGUGUAGACCUUCAUCUAUAGCUAGGUCAUACCGGAAGUUUAGUUUGUGUGUGUGUGUGUAGACCUACAUCUAUAGCUAGGUCAUACCGGAAGUUUAGUUUGUGUGUGUGUGUGUAGACCUACAUCUAUAGCUAGGUCAUACGGAAGUUUAGUUUUGUGUGUGUGUGUGUAGACCUUCAUCUAUAGCUAGGUCAUACCGGAAGUUUAGUUUGUGUGUGUGUGUGUAGACCUACAUCUAUAGCUAGGUCAUACCGGAAGUUUAGUUUGUGUGUGUGUGUGUAGACCUACAUCUAUAGCUAGGUCAUACCGGAAGUUUAGUUUGUGUGUGUGUGUGUAGACCUACAUCUAUAGCUAGGUCAUACCGGAAGUUUAGUUUGUGUGUGUGUGUAGACCUACAUCUAUAGCUAGGUCAUACCGGAAGUUUAGUUUGUGUGUGUGUGUGUAGACCUACAUCUAUAGCUAGGUCAUACCGGAAGUUUAGUUUGUGUGUGUGUGUAGACCUACAUCUAUAGCUAGGUCAUACCGGAAGUUUAGUUUGUGUGUGUGUGUGUAGACCUACAUCUAUAGCUAGGUCAUACCGGAAGUUUAGUUUGUGUGUGUGUGUAGACCUACAAAUCUGUUACUUCUAAUAGUGAAGGUCGUAACCAAGGUAAACAAACUGUAUCCUCUCUAAGGGGCUGACUUAUUAGCCUGGUCAUGUGAUCUUUUUCACAUUCUAUAUUUAGACAGCGCUUUACAAACUUGACAACAUCCUACAGCCUAUUGCAGCAUCUUCUGAUCUUAUCUUAUUACUUCCUUUAGGGUAAAGAUAGGACAAGAUAAGUUUGCUUAUUAAACUUCCACACUUUAGCGAGCCACUACGAAGUUGGGUUUAUUCUUUAGUUCCAUUUUCAAAAGUGCAUACACUUAUUCCUGUACACAAGCGAUUAGGGAUCAAAAAGAGUUUCGCCAAAUUAUUGCUCGGUGUGACUCUACCAAACAAACUUCAGGAUUCUACAACUCUACAACACCAAAUACUUUCUUCGAGUACAUCUGUCUGUAAUUUAUUCACGUCUGUUACAAUCUUCUGUGUAUGUGUGUUUACAUUGAUUUUGUUCUAAAACAAGAAAUUGAAAAUAGAUGACACCCCAACACGAGCUACUGAUUAGGUUUUAAUACAGAAUCAAUUAACAUAAGUACAUCUUUCUUGAAAUUAUAUUUUAAAAAUUUAAAUUAGAAUGUCCACAUUACAUUGCGUCAAACACAUUAGAUCAUAGGGACAUGUCUUUGAAGUCUGGACCACAUAGCUUGCGAUCUUCGUAAGUUACUGUAAAUACCCAAAUAUUACGAUGCCAGUUAUUGAAAGCACAGUUCUCCCCAUUUUAACCCCUCCCACGGGCUCAAAUGUUUACUUAUUUUUAUUAUGCUAAAUGUUCAUCUUUUGACUCGUGUAUGGAGAUGUAAAUAUUUGUAUGAAAUGGAUUAAUUUAAAAUGUCAUUGAAUUGUAUUGCUAAUGCCAAUACUGUACUAGAAUAAAUAAUGAAUCAGUUCUAUAGACAUACUCA